AGUGUGCCUGAGAGCGCGUUCUUCGACGCGCCUGCGAAGUCUCGACAAAUACUGGGGGCUGUGCACUCAUCCUUGACUUAAACUACCAUCUUGACUUCAUACCAAUAUGUCUGAACCCGCCCCGGGCGCGACGCGAUGGAUUCCCCUUGAAAGCAAUCCUGACGUUCUGAACUCAUGGUGUAGCAAAGCUGGGCUCAUAACUUCAGAAUUCGAAUACUCAGAUAUCUAUGGACUUGAUGAGGACCUCCUUGCUCUUGUUCCACAACCUGUCAAAGCAGUAAUUCUUCUCCUUCCACUAACCGACGCGAUCGAGAGGAAGACGCAGGAGGAGAUUGCCAAGAUCCGACGGGAGGGACAACAUCAUGUUGAUUCUUCCAUAAUUUGGAUCAAGCAAACUAUUGGAAAUGCAUGUGGAACGAUGGCUCUACUACACGCUAUUAUUAACACAAAUGUGCCCGUGAUACCAGACAGCCCGAUUGCGAAGUUUAUCAUAGAGUGCAGAAUUUUCUGAUUUUCACAGCUUUGACACCGGAGGCGCGCUCACAUCUUCUCGAAACGACCACGCUCUUCUCCGAGAUUCACUCUGAAGUAGCAUCUGCCGGUCAGACAGCUGCACCAGAUGCCAAUGCCAAAGUGGAUCUUCACUUCACUUGCUUCGUUAAGGCUCCAGACCCUGCCAAUCCGUCGGUGAGACGUCUAAUUGAACUGGACGGCAGAAGGGAUGGUCCGCUUGAUAGAGGUCUAUGUACAGAUCUAUUGAAGGAUGUUGCGAGGGUCGUCAAGGAGCACUACGUCGACACGGCAGCCAGCGUACAGUUCAGCAUGCUUGCGCUCGCGCCGCCACCAGAAUUCUGAACGAAAGAAUGGAACGAGUACUAGUAAUACGACAUGAAAUAGUCCGAGUCUUGUAUAAUAGUUCGAAUCCCUCGAUACACUAGCAUGGCUCCAAGAACAAAGUGGAAAUCUAACGUAUGCACUUCAGUAUGCAUCACCUAC